CACUAGGCGGGUCUGCUACGGUCCGCUCCAUAGAUCUGCUCCUGUCCUCAAGUCAGACAACAACUGAGAUCGAAGUUUGGGUAGAUCGUAGAAGUUUGGGUUAGUUUAUAUGGAAUUCAGGUAGCAAGGACCGUCGACUGCCAUGGCCAAUUCGGAGGAGCAGACUGAAAAACACUGCUGGGUUUGUUUUGCCACUGAAAAUGAUGACUACAGUUCAGAGUGGGUGAGCCCAUGCCGAUGUAAAGGGUGUACGAAAUGGAUCCACCAAGAAUGCCUUCAGCGGUGGCUCGAUGAGAAGCAAAAAGGAAAUGUUGGAAGUGUAGUCUGCUGUCCACAGUGUGGUACUGAAUAUCAAAUUGUCUUUCCUAACAUGGGGGCACUGGUAUAUUUCCUACAGCAAAUAGAUCGUGCCUUGACUCGUAUCAGUCCUUUUGCUGCUGUUGGAGUAGUAAUGGGCACUGCAUACUGGUCUGCUGUUACAUAUGGUGCCGUGACAGUCAUGCAGGUUGUUGGGCAUAAGAAAGGUCUAUGUGUGAUGGAGCGGGCAGACCCCCUUUUCCUUUUGAUGGGUUUACCUACUAUUCCUGUGCUGCUUGUCCUGAGCAAAAUGAUCCGCUGGGAGGACUAUAUAGUUAGACUCUGGCAAAGAUAUUCCUACAAUCGGAAUUACCCAGCUGGCUCCAGUCGCUAUAUACCUCCCCAACAUUCUGUUGAUGGGACAAGCUCAGCGGAUCAUAUCUCCGUGUCCCGCACUCUAUGUGGAGCUCUUAUUUUCCCUUCUGUGGCCAGUCUAAUGGGAAAACUGCUGUUUCGUGGAGCAUCUUCUAAUUUUCAGCGUACAGCACUUGGUGGGAUAGCGUUCACAUUAAUUAAAGGAGCAUUGAAAAUAUAUUUCAAGCAGCAACAGUACAUUGUUCAAGCCAAUCGUUACAUACUCAACUACCCAAAAAGAGAAGCACAGAGUACAGGAGGAGAAGAGGACACAGAGGACAGUGAAAAUUAAUUUGUUUCCUGUACGUUUCAUAUAUUUAAUAUAUUUGUAAUAAUUAAGCUAUUUAAACAGUUGUUUGUGUAGUCUAGGUUAUCAAGUGUAAAGCAAUUUUAAUUAAAGAUGUUUCAUAUACAUUUC